GGUUGGUGUCAGUUUUUGGGAGGAUUCGAGAAAAUCCGUUUUUUACGCGAUAAUCGUCAAACAGACGAUAUCGUGAAGUAAAAUUCGGACAUCCGUAUAUCCCGAGUGUUUCUGGGAUUUCGAUAUUUUUUGGAUAUUUUGUGAAGUUUAGAUUUAUUUUGCAGAACCAAAAUGGUCCAGCGUCUUACGUACAGGCGACGGUUGUCGUACAACACAAAAAGCAACAGGAGGCGUGUCGUCCGCACUCCUGGUGGCAAAUUAGUUUACCAGUACUUGAAGAAGCCGAAGAAGAUCCCAAGAUGCGGACAGUGUAAAGACAAACUAAGAGGCAUCCAACCGGCAAGACCAAUGGAACGAUCCCGCAUGUGCAAACGUAAGAAGACCGUAAAGCGCGUCUAUGGUGGAGUCCUUUGUCACAAAUGUGUGAAGGAAAGGAUUGUCCGCGCUUUCCUGAUUGAAGAACAGAAGAUCGUGAUCAAGGUUAUCAGGGCGCAACAAGCAUCUGCGAAAACGAAGAAGACCGAAAAGUAAAGUUAGAAUCAACUUUUCCUUUAUCUUAAAUAAAAACUGAAAAAUCGAAUGUA